AUGACCCCUGACCGCAGUGACCUCACCGCCAUGAUGGCCACCGUGACUGUGACGACCACCGAGACGGGCGGCUCACCGGCCAAUGGCGUGAGGAUUGGGGCUCAGCAAGGAGGAGCUAAGAAGGGCCCUGCUCAGCGGCCACACCUCUCAGGGAGGAAGCUGUCGCUACAGGAGCGGGGCACGUACCCAUCUGGGAGGUCAGGAGGGGCUCACGUCUCCCCCCGUGUGGUACGCAGACCCACCGUGGAGUCCAAACGGGUCUCCAUCUCAGACGCCGAGAACUGUAUCCAGCUGAACCAGUACAAGCUGAAGAGUGAGAUCGGAAAGGGCUCCUACGGGGUGGUCAAACUGGCCUACAAUGAGGAUGACGACAAACACUAUGCCAUGAAGGUGGUGUCCAAGAAGAAGCUGAUGAAGCAGUAUGGAUUCCCACGUCGCCCCCCUCCUAGAGGACCCAAGGUGGCGGUCCAAGGAGAGCAGCCCAAAGUCCUAGGCCCCCUGGAGAGGGUCUACCAGGAGAUUGCCAUACUCAGGAAGCUGGACCAUCUCAACAUAGUCAAACUGGUGGAGGUGUUGGAUGAUCCUGCAGAGGACAACCUCCACAUGGUAUUUGAUUUGAUGCCAAAGGGUCCAGUGAUGGAGGUCCCCACAGACAGCCCCUUCACUGAGGAGCAAACACGCCUCUACUUCAGAGACAUUGUCCUGGGCAUUGAGUACUUGCACUACCAGAAGAUAGUCCACCGGGACAUCAAGCCUGCUAACGUACUGCUGGGGGAUGACGGCCAUGUGAAGAUUGCUGACUUUGGGGUCAGUAACCAGUUUGAGGGCAACGAUGCCCUGCUCUCCUCUACGGCUGGGACUCCUGCUUUUAUGGCCCCAGAGACCCUGUCAGAUAUCCACCAGAGCUUCAGUGGAAAGGCAUUGGAUGUAUGGGCCAUGGGAGUGACUGUCUACUGCUUUGUGUUUGGGAAGUGUCCGUUCAUUGAUGAAUACAUCCUGGUUCUACACAAUAAGAUCAGGACUAAAUAUGUGGAGUUCCCAGAGUCGCCAGAGAUCAGUGAGGAGUUGAAGACUCUUAUCCUGAAAAUGUUGGACAAGAACCCUGACACCAGGAUCACCAUACCUGAGAUCAAGUUGGACCCGUGGGUGACCCAGGAUGGUUGUGACCCUCUGCCUCUAGAGGAGGACCACUGCAGUAUGGUGGAGGUUACUGAAGAGGAGGUGCAGAACUCUGUCAAGUUUGUCCCCAGCCUGUCCACCGUGAUCCUGGUGAAGGCCAUGCUGCGCAAGAGAUCCUUCAGUAACCCCUAUGAGUGUCCCAGGAGUAGAGCGGAGAGGUCCAUGUCUGCACCUAGCAACCUGCUCAUAAAGGGCAGCAGUGGAGAGGGAAGUAGGGAGGGAGAGCUCGAAGACCUACAUGAAGAUGAACCCUUCUCCUGA